CCUCUCUUCUCAUGUUAUUCAUUCUAUCCUCUCUCUCUUUUUUUCUUCCGUUUACACUCUUAAUUGUGAAUGAAUCAUGUUUAUCAGAAGGUACUUGCCUACUUUUUCAAACUACCCUUCCGAAUGAGUGGACUCGUUCUUUGGACAGUUUCUUCUAGAUGACUUGAUGUACAUGCACAUCCAAUUUGGCAUUGACUUACUUAUUAAGAUCACGCAGGAAAAACCAUGUAGGAAGAGUGUGACAACUUCUGACUUCUGAGUUUAUCAUUUUACAAUUUAUAACCUUAAUCCAAAGUUUGUGCUUUUGUGCGCGCGGCGAUGUUCCUCUUGAACAACCAUGUUGAUGUUACCUUUCUUCUGUUCCUGUGGCUGUUUGGAAUUGGAUCCUCAUCAGCUUCUAUUUACAACGCUAAUUACUGUCCAAACAACACAUCGUACAAUUCCAACCUAACAUUCGAAACCAAUCUCAAAGUCCUCCUCGCAUCUAUGGUCUCCAACGUUUCACUGUCUGACGGCUACUAUUUCACCGCCAUGGGCAUGGGGACCACAAGCGUCGCCAACGGCCUACUCCUCUGCCGCGGCGACGUCUCCACCGCCACGUGUCACGACUGCAUCUCCACCGCAGCCACAGAGAUAACGCGACGCUGCCCCAACAAAACAGAGUCCAUAAUAUGGUACGAUGAGUGCAUGCUCCGUUUCACCAACCGCUACUUCGCCCCCACCAGCGUCGUGCCAAGAGCAAACUUAAUGGACGGCAACAACAUCUCUGCCUCCGACUUGGACAGUUUCAAUCGCACGCUGUUCGGCUUGUUGAACGAUUUGAUCGAAGAGGCUGCGAAUUCUCGGUUGGCGAGGAAAUUCGCCACAGGCCAAAGAGAAUUCGCAGGGCACUCGCCGGAGAACACGGUGUAUGCCCUGACGGAGUGCGAGCCGGACUUAACGACUACUCAGUGUGAAGAGUGCUUGCGAAACGCCGUUUCUACUCUUCCGUCGUGUUGCGGAGGAAAACAGGGCGCGAGGGCUCUGCUUUCGUAUUGCAAUGCUAGACACGAAUUGUUCAGGUUUUACCAUACAAGUGACACGUCAGGAAAUAAGAAAUCUGUAUCACGAGUAGUCUUGAUUGUUGUCCCUGUUGUUGUAUCGAUAAUUCUCUUGUUAUGUGUCUGCUAUUUCAUAUUGAAAAGAUCAAGGAAGAAAUACAACACUCUUCUAAGGGAAAAUUUUGGGGAAGAAAGUGCCACUUUAGAGUCGUUACAAUUUGGUUUGGUCACAAUUGAAGCUGCCACAAACAAGUUUUCCUAUGAAAAGAGAAUAGGUGAAGGUGGAUUUGGAGUGGUUUAUAAGGGUGUUCUCCCUGAUGGACGAGAAAUAGCUGUUAAGAAACUCUCAAAAAGUUCGGGACAAGGUGCAAAUGAAUUCAAGAAUGAAAUUCUAUUGAUAGCCAAACUUCAACAUAGAAAUCUAGUGACAUUAUUAGGAUUUUGUUUGGAAGAACACGAGAAAAUGCUUAUUUAUGAAUUUGUGUCCAAUAAAAGUCUUGACUACUUUCUAUUUGAUUCCCACCGAAGCAAGCAAUUGAAUUGGUCAGAACGUUACAAAAUUAUUGAAGGAAUUGCACAAGGAAUUUCAUAUUUACAUGAACAUUCACGAUUAAAAGUUAUACAUCGUGAUUUAAAACCUAGUAACGUAUUGUUGGAUAGCAACAUGAAUCCAAAAAUUUCAGAUUUUGGAAUGGCAAGGAUUGUUGCUAUUGAUCAACUUCAAGGAAAAACAAAUAGAAUCGUUGGAACAUACGGUUAUAUGUCGCCGGAAUAUGCAAUGCAUGGACAAUUUUCAGAAAAGUCAGAUGUUUUUAGUUUUGGAGUUAUAGUUUUGGAGAUAAUUAGUGCAAAAAGGAAUACUCGUUCUGUUUUUUCGGAUCAUGAUGACCUCUUGAGUUAUACUUGGGAACAAUGGAUGGAUGAAGCACCAUUAAACAUAUUUGACCAAAGUAUUAAGGCGGAGUUUUGUGAUCACAGUGAAGUUGUUAAAUGCAUCCAAAUUGGUUUAUUAUGUGUACAAGAGAAGCCAGAUGACAGACCUAAAAUAACACAAGUUAUUUCAUAUCUCAAUAGCUCUAUAACAGAGUUGCCACUUCCUAAAAAACCGAUAAAUUCUAGACAAAGUGGAAUAGUUCAAAAGAUUGCAGUAGGGGAAUCGAGUUCAGGUUCAACACCAUCUAUCAAUGAAAUGUCCGAAUCUAAUUUCCGGAAGGCAAUUCUAUGUGAUUACUCUCCCAUCAAAAGCAAACAUAGAUGACUUCAUUUGCAGAGCAUCAAAAGGAAAAUGUUAUGAGUGAAUUGAGCCAAAGUACUUUAAUGAAUCUCACUUUAGCAUAGCAAGGACAGAAUGAUGUCCUAAUGCUCUGUUCCACCCCUUCAGAGUUCAGAUUCGCCCACUUCAGUUUUACAACUUGAACGGUCUAGGACAACUCUUGAAGCACGUCGUUUCAAGGUCCCUCUUUCCUUUCCAUUCAUUUCCUCAUAGUUGUAUCAAUUAAUCUGCUUAAAAGGGGUUCCUUUCUUCUUAACUUAUUGAAUGAAUUGAGGAGUUUGAUUUGCACUAAACAUGAGAUCAAUGAGGUCCUUUUUAUAUUUGUCGAGAUCGAAGUCAAAUGAUUUUCAAUUAUCAGUAA